AUGGCGUGGCUCGGUCACCAAGUAACAGGUGGAGCCAUCGGUCAAGCAUCUUUGAUAGCAGCGUGCGGCCUGGUAAAAGAGUGCCCACGCGUGCUCCUCGCUGAUAGUGGAGUUAAACGCUUGCAAGAUCUGCUGCAGCGUUAUGCAUUCGGCGGCGUCCAGCGAGAAGACCGCCCCGCCGCCACAUACGCCCUCCUUGCGCAUCAUCGCGCCUAG